AUGAAGGACCAUCUAGUGGACGAUGCGGAAUCGGAGAUGCUCCGGUUCAGGAGGACGGCGUUCUCGGCGGUCACCAUUUCCACGGUGACCAUUCUUGGCUGUAUCGUUUUCAUCCCUUUGGCCUAUCAGAAUGUACAAAAAUUGCACAGUAAUCUCCUGAACGAUGCUCAUUUUUGCAAGAGUCGAAAUCGGGAUCUGUGGGGAGAAGUUGUCACUGUGUCGUUGGGUAAAGGCCAUCAUGAAACAGUUCAAAGGCUGAAGAGGCAAACCGCAGAGCAACCGACCGGCAGAUGGCUCUUCGGCCACUUCAUUUCAACUAGCGGAAACCGAGAACGAAGGCAAGGCAAGUACCAAGAUAAUGGAGCAGGGGGUGUAGCAGAAGGCCCUGGAGGUGCUGCGAGUGUUGGAGGCGCAGGUGUUGGAGGCGCAAGCAUUGGCGCAGGUGGAGGAGGUGCAGGCGAAGGCGGUCCAGGAAAAAGUUACAACGAACAGCCAGCAGGAGGAGGACAAGAUUUGGGAGGUCCCGAGUGUUGCGGAUGCCAGACUGGGCCACCCGGGCCUCCCGGAGAUGCUGGAGAUGACGGAGAAGAUGGCAAGGAUGGGCAUCCUGGAACGAAUGGUCAACCUGGACAAGAUGCGUCUGAUACAUACUCUGAAGGACAAGCAGCACAGCCAUGUGUCCGCGAGUGUCCGCCUGGACCUCCCGGGAUUCCAGGUGCGCCGGGUGAAAAAGGUCCUCGAGGUUACCCAGGAGAAACUGGAGAGCCAGGCACUCCCGGGAAACCAGGUGAGAAAGGUCCUGCUGGUAAGCCUGGACCCGCAGGACCACCUGGAUAUCCUGGAAGACCCGGUGAAAAGGGUGAAAGUGGAAAGACCAUCCCUGGAGAAGCUCCCGCUGGUCCUCCAGGUAGACCUGGAGAAAUGGGACCAUCUGGUCCACCCGGUCCACCAGGAGCCAAGGGACAACCUGGAGAGCCGGGACCACCAGGUCCUCAAGGCGACCAAGGAAAUCCAGGAUCUUAUGGUAAACCUGGAGCCGCAGGACCUCCUGGACCGGAUGGUGCCCCGGGAGAUCGUGGAAGCUGCGAACAUUGUCCUCCUCCACGGACACCUCCUGGAUACUAA